AUGGACCCAGCCUCUGAUCGAUUUGACUGCAGUGUUGGCGACCAACAUCGAGGUGGACCCGCAUCCGUCGGGAUGCCAAACGCCCCAUCCACCACCGCGAACCCCUUCGACGAACCUCAGCGCCGCAUGAGCGAGUACACAGCACAAGAUAUUGCCACCCUCCAAGCGCGAUUGGACAAGAAACUGGGCCCAGAAUAUAUCUCCAAUCGACCAGGUGCCGGAGGCCAGAAAGUGCACUAUCUUUCUGCUGAUAAGUGCAUCAACCUCGCCAAUGAGGUUUUUGGAUUCAAUGGCUGGUCCAGUUCAAUCCAGAAGAUCGACAUUGACUUUAUUGAUGAGAACCAAAAUAGUGGUCGUGUCACCAUGGGUUUAUCGGUCGUUAUGAGGGUCACACUUAAGGAUGGAACUUACCACGAGGAUAUCGGUUACGGUCACAUCGAGAAUGCGAAAGGCAAAGCGGCAGCCUUCGAGAAGUCAAAGAAAGAAGCAACAACAGACGCCUUGAAACGUUCACUUAGAAACUUCGGAAAUGUACUCGGCAAUUGUGUUUAUGACAAGGACUACCUUGCAAAGGUCACCAAAGUGAAGUCUACACCGGCCAGAUUUGACGUUGAGGAGCUUCACCGACAUCGGGAUUUUGCACCGAAGCCCCAAGUGUCGAAGCCUCAAGCGCUUCCCGCGAAACGAGUAGCAGAGGAUGACCUUUUACCUCCCCCGCGGCCCGUCGAACCUCAGGCUGCUAAGAGCAGCAAUGCAAUGACUAGCGGCAGCUUUGACGGAGAUGGUGAAUUUGGCAGUGAUCUCUUUGAUGAAGCUGAUUUUGCUGUGGGAACGACGGGGAACCCUGAUGAGAUAACAAUAGAAACAGAGGCUCAACGACAGCCGCCAACCCCCCAUGAAUCGACCACCGCCUCCGAGAGGGCCUCCGGCAGGAAGAUUCGACAACACCGUUACACCAUCAAAACCAGAAAGGUGGAACCCCGGGAAUCAAGGCGCCAGACAACCUCUGCCCCCAAACGGUCGACCCAACCCCUCAGCUAUGCCUGCUCAAGGCCGACAUAUGCCCCCGAAUGGACCUCAAAAUGUGCCAAAUUCGAGACCCGGGGGGCCACCUCAAUAAAAACGGAACCUGCGGCAGGAUUAAACCAAGAUCCACAGCCGCCGCCUGGAUCUCAAUCAGUCGGCUUCUUCUCGGCCCGUGUAGCAGACAUGCUACGUGAUAACCCCAAUGCUGGUCCUGUCCCGGGGAGUCAAUUCGACCCCCAUGCCGAGAGUCCCUCCAUCCGGAAGACAGCGGGCGUGGAUCAUACCAAGAGCGUGCCUAUCUCCAGGCCGAUGCUUUCCAAUGCCUCUCCUGCACCCAGUAACUCCCGAGAUUUCGUCAAUCCUGCUACCGACUUUCAACGGCGGGUCGGUGCUCCCGGGGGUGUCGCGGGCAGCCCGGGGGUUGGCAGUCCCUUAUCCAGAGGCCCAUCGACCUCGACAUUUCGACCGUUGACCCGACCCAAUAUUGAUGCAAGACCUGCCCCCAAUGCUGCAACCAUUGACCGGGCGAGUGUACCGCCACAAAAUAUGAAUGGAAAACGACCACCUCUGAAUGACGUUACCAACGCUUCACCCGGUGCCAAUCUAACUGCCGCCCCUCUGGCCGCAAGUCCCACUGACCCCAAGCGACCUCGGGUGUCCGAUGUUGGACAACAUCAGCCGCCCCAGCCCCAGGCCCCAUAG